AUGAACAAUAACAACAACAACAACAACAACAACAACAACAACAACAACAACAACAACGCUGCCAGUAUUGACUUCACCGCAAGACUCUUGCAAGAAAUGAUGGCAAUGAGAUCCGAAAUCAGCCAACAAGGCGUACAACUGAACGUCUUGAAUGAUGGAUUUCGACAGCAAUUCAUGUCGCCAUUGGAAGACGCAGGCAGCGAUUUGGCAACAAGAAGCAUCCUGGAUCCCACUUACAGAAGCCAGGUACUAUCAAACAGCAACAGAAGAGGUCCUCGGGUAAUUGAAGCAAACCCUACCGGCAGGGCCAGAGCUUCUCCUGUGGAGAGAUACAACGCAAUGCUCCAGCAUCUACACAAACUAUGCAAUGGGGCAUCUGUACCCGAUUUGACACCAGGGCAGCUCAAAUCGCGCAGGGAGAAGCUCCACCGCACAGCAAAGAGGGUCUUGGAGGCUAUACUGGUGAUGCAUCCGAAUAUCUCGCAUUGGAAUGCCCUGGACCAUGUGCAGGAUGAACAGGUAUAUUACAGCCUGGCACUGGAGGAGCAGGCCCUGCAACGGGACAAUCUCAUGAUUUGUCUCUGCAAGAAGCAGUGGUGUGCCAGGUUGUUGCUCUCCCAGGCCUUCAAAGCAAAUAGAGCAAGCAGAAACCGAGCUGCUGCUGCUGAUGCUGCUGCUGAUGCUGCUGCCAAUGUUGCCAAUGCUGCCAAUGCUGCUGCCAAUGUGUCUUUGCAAGAAAACGAGGCAAGAAGCCAUCUUCUGGAGACUGAAUCAGCAAUUGUUGGAGACAGUGAUAUUGCCCAGCUUGCUCAAACUGCCGGUGUUGGUAAUGCUGAGGAUGAUGACAACCUUAGUACUACUAGCAAUAUGUAA